UCUUCCCCGUUGGACAUGCCGUUUAGCGGUCAAUAUGACCGCUGAACGAUGUAAACAAAGUUUCCCCACUUCGUAUCUCUUCGUAUGACAUCGUAACCCCAUGAAAUACACAUCAUUCGAAAGCUUAUUCAUUCAGCUUUCUUUUGAUGCCCAAAUAAGGGCAUUCUCGAUAAGUUUCGGCUAACAUCGGAGAUUUUUCCGAAGAGUGUCUGAUCGCUCAGCUCAGCUAGCUCGAUCACUCGCACAACGCAAUCACAGUGCAUACUGUAUGCGAAACUAUCUGCGACGACUUUGAACCUCCGGUGAAUUUGCGAUCAAAAUGUCGGAUUUCGAGAGUGAUACAAUGUCAGGCAUGGAUUCUGACGAAGAAUCAUAUCUGGAUGACCUGCUGACAGGAAAAUAUGUGGCUGAUUUGAACGAUUUGGAUGAUUUUUCAUCCGAUGAAGAGGAGCCAUCAACCUCGACUCAGCCAAGUCAGGGGCGGUCUCGUAAGCGAAAGCACGCAACGUCAAUUGCACAGAGAAAACCAGCAAAACGGAAAUCUACUGCUACGCCUACCUGCAACUGGAAGAGCUACGAUGACGUAGAUGAUGGGGUACCACCAGCCCGGCUGACCAAUUUCAAGGCGAAACGCGAUCCAGGGAUUGUACUCACCAACAUCAGGACUCGUCAAGGUGUCUCCACGAUGACUAGGGCAAUCGAUUUUUUCCGGCUGUUUUUCUCCAUCGAGGUCUUAGGACAAUUGUGCAUGUUCACCAAUGAAUAUGCACGUCAACACAUUCAUGAAAAACCUUCGUAUGCAACAUCUUCUGGUGACUGGAAACCAGUGGGAGUAGAAGAGAUGGAACAACUUUGCGGACUGCUUAUUUACAUGGGACUUGUACCUUUACCUGAUUUAGAAUUGUAUUUUAGUACAUCUUUUCCGUAUCAUGGUACCUGGGCGCGGGCAUAUUUAACUAAGGAUAGGCUAAAAGGGAUCUUGUGUUUUCUCAAAAUUACGGACCCAAAUACUGAAGGUGAUAAGGACCCCCUACGUAAGGUAAAUUAUCUCCUGAAGCAUAUGAAAGAAACUUGUAAACAACUUUAUCAACCUGGGGAACAUAUUAGUAUAGAUGAAAGGAUGGUAAAAUCAAAGGGAAGGUUCGGUUUUAUUCAGUAUAUUAGGGACAAACCUACUAAGUGGGGGUUCAAGUUGUGGGUGCUGGCCGACUCCUCAAAUGCGUAUACAUAUGAUUUUGAUGUUUACGUUGGACGACGUACGGUAUCUAGUAAACAUGGAUUAGGUUAUGAUGUAGUAAUGGAACUAUGUAAGGAUCUUCAUCACCAAGGGUACAAGUUGUAUAUUGAUAAUUUCUACACAUCAACUCAAUUAUUGAAGGACCUAAAACGUAAGGGUAUCUUUGCGUGCGGAACCAUUAGAUGUAACCGGAAGGGUUUUCCAAAAGAAUUCAAGGACACAAUGAAACAGUGGGAGAAAGACACAGAAAGGGGUGAAAUGAGAUGGAUUAGGGAUGAAGAUGUUGUUGUAAUUCAAUGGAAGGAUAAGAAAGUAAUAAGUGUUAUGUCCAGCUACCAUCCUGGUAAUAAGAACACCCACUGUACGAGGAAUACCAGGGCAAAUGGCGAACACAAAGAAAUUAAAGUGAAACAACCAAUCGCUUUUGCAGCUUAUAACAAAUAUAUGGGGGGUGUUGACAAAUCCGAUCAGUUGAUAGGAAAUUAUAAUGUUCUACGAAAGACAAAUAAGUAUUGGAAGACCCUUUUCUAUCAUAUGGUAGAUAUAGCUGUAGUUAACUCCUAUAUUUUAUUCUGUGAGAUGAAGAAACUUCAUCCCGGUGUUUCAGGCUUUGAGCGGAAGUCCCGCUUUCUUCAGCGGCAGUUCAGGGAAGAGCUGGCAAUGCAACUGGGUGGUAUAAAGAAGGAUGAUCCAGUUCCAUUGUACAGACCUGUAACUCCUGUUGCUUCUAAAAGAAGUGGGGCUCAUGAUGCAACAUCAGCUAUGCACCUUCCCGUUGAAGAUUCCGAGGGUCGUAGGAGAACAUGUAAGGUAUGCUAUGCGUCCAAGGGUAAUAAUGCCAAUAAAUCCAAAAUGAUAUGCUCUGUCUGUAAAGUACACCUCUGCACCAAUAGAAAUUGCUUCUAUGAUUUUCACACCAACCCAAAAUAUUCCUCUUCUCUCCAAUAACUUUUCCAAACACCAAGGGCUGUUGCAGUAGGUAAGUUUAGAUUUGUCUGGUAAGUAUUAUUUUGUUGUCAGUCUGUCUUAUUUUUCUAAUG